GUCGCCCCCGCGGCCCCCCAGGCCCUGUCGCCCAGGCCGGCGCUGGGCGCUGCCCCCAGGAUCGUGGCCCCCCAGCUGAUCGUGAGGCCGCCUCAGCAGACCACCAUCCAGCUGCCCCCCGGCUUCACUAUCCCGCCCGGUAUGGUCUUGGUGCGCACGGAUGCUGGACAGCUUGUAAUGGUGCCUCAGCAGGCCCUAGCACAGGCUCAAAUGCAGGCUCAAGUACAAACGCAGGGACAAGGUCCUACCAGCAUUUCACCUAGACUUUCAGUGCCCACAGCUGGCCCUGUUUUUCGCCUAUCAACAACUCAGCAACCAACUUCUGUAGCCACAUCUACUGUCCGCCUAGGACUUCCAGUGCAAGCCAAAGUUGUUCAAUCAACUGCUACACCUGUCAGUGCUACGGCUGCUGCGACUCUACCAGGAGGCUCUAUUCUUUCACAUACCACGGUAUCAGUAGCUACAACGAGCGCUCAAAAUUUAUUCAAGACAACAGUAGCAACUGGAACAUCAGCUUCCCAACAACCUGCAGUAAUUACUGGUGGACAAACUCAAGCUUCAGCACAAAACCAGGGUCAGCCUCGGCUGCCACUUCCGCCUCAUACAACAGCACAAGUACCAGCACAGCCCCAGGUCAUACCAAGCUCUCCUGUACCUGGAACUACGGUUGUAUCACAGGAAAUGCAAGAGAAUGUGAAAAAAUGCAAAAACUUUUUAGCUACCCUUAUAAAACUUGCUUCUCAUAAUUCACCGUCUCCAGAAACGUCCCGUAAUGUGAAAGCUCUGGUUCAGGAUUUGUUGGAUGCAAAGAUUGAUCCAGAAGAAUUUACAGGCCGCCUUCAAUCGGAACUCAAAUCAUCUCCUCAGCCAUAUCUUGUACCUUUCCUUAAGAAAAGUCUACCUGCAUUGAGACAAUCUUUACUGAAUAGUCAACAUUCAGUUUUGCAAGGACAGCCGUCUCAGCAGUCACUUCAACAAACCAAGCUAUCACAAGUUAUACCUCAAUCUGCCUCUGGAAGCAUUUCCUCUGUUGUCACAACGCAGACAAUAGGAAUAAGGCAACCAAACAACAUUUGCACAGUCUCUGUAUCAAAUACAGUGCAGCCUCCUCAGGUUAAGGUGGUACAGUCAAAUCAGAGUUCUCAACUGCAGAUUAUCCAGUCAACAUCUGCUCAAACUGUGAAACGAAACCCUGCUUGCCAGACUACCCAGAUUAGGAUGCCAGUGGUAAUAACUCAGACCAUUAGACCACAAGGCACAGUAGGGAAGGCACCAACAAUACAAGCCAGCAAAAGUCCUGGGGGCUUUGGUGUUCAGGUCCCUGCAAAUCAGAAAAACAAGCUGAAUGACCCUGGAGGUGGUUCUUUCAGAGAUGAUGAUGACAUCAAUGAUGUUGCGUCUAUGGCUGGCGUUAAUCUUAAUGAAGAAAGUGCCCGAAUUAUGGCUACCAACUCUGACUUGGUUGGAACCCAGAUACAGUCCUGUAAAGAUGAACCCUUUCUUGCUGCUAUACCUCUACAUAAACGCAUACUUGAAAUGGCUAAAAAACUAGGAAUUACUGAUGUGCCAGCUGAGGUGGUUACUUUUAUUUCCCAUGCAACACAAAACAGAUUAAGAACAGUGAUAGAAAAAGUAACAGUCAUAACCCAGCACCGAAUGGAAUCGUACAAAGAUGAUGAAUGGUACGAGCAAGCUACAGAUGUCCGAUCACAGUUAAAGUUUUUUGAACAGUUGGAGCGUUUAGAAAAGCAACGGAAAGAUGAACAAGAGAGGGAAAUCUUGCUAAAGGCUGCCAAGAGUCGCUCAAGGCAAGAAGACCCAGAGCAAGCUAGACUGAAACAAAAAGCAAAGGAGAUGCAGCAACAAGAACUUGCACAAAUGAGGCAAAGGGAUGCCAAUCUAACUGCAUUGGCAGCUAUCGGUCCCCGGAAGAAACGGAAGCUUGAUUCACCUGGACUGCUUACCAUAGGAGGAGAGGGCCUCGGUAUGUCCGGUGGAAGUCAGGCUGGCUUGGGGACUCCUUCAUCCAGGCAGUAUGCACGACAGAAAAUAACUCGCGUAAACCUCAGGGACUUCAUCUUCUACAUGGAACAGGAAAGAGAAACGAGCCAUUCUCUCCUGCUCUAUCGAGCUCUGCUUAAGUAAAGCCAAGAAUUGUACUGAUUUCUCCAUACAGAAGCUCAACUUGCAUUGAAAAGCUGUCAUUUUAAUGUGCCUUCUAUUUUUUUCAGAAGUCAAUGUUCCAGUAAUUUUGUUUUGUAAAAUUGUCAGACACAUGCAAUAAAUUCCCUUUAUGUAAAAAAAAAAAAAAAAAUAAAAACCACAAAAAAAUGUGCAAAAGGUUUUAAAAUGUUCAAUCCACAAAUAUAACCGACAUCAAAGUCUUGCUCCAUUUGGCCAUUUUAGAUAAGGCUGAAGCAGGCGGCAUUGAAGCUACGCAAAGGGAAAGACGGCUGCAAUGGCUCACCUAAACCAUCUCACGGCAAGGAGGAUUGGGACAGGUUCACGGCGUUGGGACCUAGCCAUGGUGUUAACCUGUACGUUCACUGACGGUGCUGAUUUUGUUUUCUCUUUAGUUUUACUAGCACUGUUUCCACUGACUAACCAUGGUGAUACCUGUUGUUGUUUUAGAUUAGUUAGAAUUGCAACUUUUUGCACAGCUAAGAGAAUAGCCACUGCACACGCUCACAGAUUUUAUAUAUUUAGGAUUUUUGCUUUUACUGCACAGCUCAUUUCCUGAGCCAUUUGCUGAACCAAAUCCUAAGUGUAUGAAAUCUGUGUGUUCGGGUCCCAGCUGAGUUACCUUGACUGGCUUCCAGUUGUUUUCUACGUCUCUCCGAUCUUUUGCACAUUUGUAGCAGCUGGUUAGUAACAUGAAUCAAAGUUGGGUUUUAUUUUCUAAAAAAUAUCUUAAUUUAUUUAUUGCAAAGAGUAUGGUUUAAUGGUGGUUUUAAAAGAGAGUAUUGUUCAGUAUUUUAGAGUAUUCUAUAUGGAUUUUUAAAGUCGCUGUAAAGGAAGUUUUUGGGGGCCAGUUCCACUCGCAGAGAAUGGGGAGAGCAGGGGUGAGCCCCAGCAGCCGGUGCCGCCGGGUGGUCAGGGCAGCGCCGCAGGGGCUGGCGAUGCCUUUGCCUUGGACGAUCGGACCCGAGGACUCCAGUCCGGAGAGGCUGUGAACAAGCGCAUGGCUUUAAGCAUGAAAAGUAGUUUUAAGUACUUAAAGGUGGGAUGAAUGCUUCUUAAAUGCUUUGCUGAAUUGGAAUUUAAGGGGCCCGCACCAAAGCCGAGCGACGUCAGUGCGAGUCUGUGUAAUGGGCAUGGGACAGGAACACCAGGCCGGCGGGCGGGCGCGAGGCGGUGCGCUUCAAACAGAACAGUAUUAUCGGUAACCGUGGGAGGGAGACGUUUGCUUAUUUAUCUUUUCAAUUUGUACUAUGUUAUGCUUGCCACUUUUUUGAGGCAAUACUUUUUUUUUUUGAUGGGAAACCAUAG